AUGUUCGAAGCAUUGCUAGGUAAUGGACUGAUCCUCAAGAAGAUAAUUGAAGCCAUAAAAGAGCUUGUCUCUGAAGUUAAUCUUGAAGUCACAAGUGAAGGGCUCAGCAUUCAAGCAAUGGAUGCCUCACAUGUAGCAUUAGUAGUCCUCAGCCUAAGAGCUGAGCAAUUUGAAGAAUACCGCUGCGACCGCCCACAAACCUUAGGAGUUUCUAUUGGAAACCUUGCAAAACUUAUGAAAAUUGCAGGAAACGAUGAUUCCAUCACUCUGAGAGCAGAAGACGAUGCCAAUAUUUUAACUUUGACAUUCACUGGGAAAAAUAACGAAAGAGUCAGCGAAUUCAAUCUUAAUUUAUUGACCUUGGACUCUGAGCAUCUUGGUAUUCCUGAACAAGAUUACUCUGCAGUCAUGAAAAUGUCAAGCGCUGAAUUUUCAAGAAUUUGCAGAGAACUGACUCAAAUUACAGAUACCCUUAACUUAGCUGUUGAUAAAGAAGCCGCUAAGUUUGCAGUGUCUGGAGAUAUUGGAGCAGGAUCAAUUACUAUGAGGCCAAAUGACUCAGAUAAAGCUGAAGAAAAAAUGUUUUUGAGAGCGACUGAGCCAGUAAGCAUGGAGAUAAAAAUUGUGUAGAGAGCCAGCAUGCUCUCUUAACACCUGUAGUCAGAAGGGGAGUCUGAGGACCUUGCGGAAGAGAGAGUAGCGUUUGGUGAGUGUGUCUGUUCGAGUUUUACUUGGUCUGGUGGAGCACAAUAUCGGGUUGGCCUAUCGCAGGCUCACAUCCAAGGCAAUGUUUUACCUCGAGGGAGGAUGGAACUUGGAAGAUGGGAAGGGAUAGCUCAGAAAUGUCGGAGGCAUUUUUUCAAUCAAUCGGGCAUUUUUCUUAGUGCGAUACUGAGAGUUGUCACCUGGGCUUAAAUUUCAUCUCGGUCGGAAGCCUGACCAGAAAAUUCACUUUUGAAUUUUCUGGUAGGGUAACCAAAGUUGACGUACUGCACGGUGAUCCAGCUUCUUUACUUCGGGUAUCAAUUCAUGUCCUUGUCUGGAGGGAGCAACACAGUCCUCACGCUGUGCAAUCAGACUAACAAGCAAGGAGGUGGUGCGAAGCAAGGGACAUGAGAAGUCAUAAGUGAGCUGGCCGGGAGCUUCUCUAUAAUAAUCGAAUGAAUGAGCCAGUAAGCAUGCUUUUGCUUUGAGAUAUCUCAACUUGUUUAAUAAAGCAGCCAGCCUUUCAGAUGAAGUCACUUUAAGCUUGUCACCAGAGGUUCCAGUUGUAUUGCAGUUUGGUUUUGAUUUAGGAGAGCUGAAAUACUUCUUAGCUCCUAAGAUUGCAGAAGAAGCGUAA